GACGUUCGCAGCGGCCGCUUCACCUUUAAUUUAAAACCGGAACAAACAGAUGAGGAAAGUCGAUCGGCCGCUGAAUGUUUCAUCGGCUGUUAUUUAUGUGAAUGUGAGGACAGACUGCGUGUUAAAUAAGAUAUAUAAAGGGAAACUAACUGUGUGUUUAUCUGGACCGCAGCUGGACACGAAACGAACUUCAAGAUGAGACCUCAACAUUAGCUAAACACCAAUAUUUUUUAUUUUGCUUUUACCCAACGCGUCCUUAUUUAUGCAUAGUUAAUUAUUUUAGGAGGUUUUAAUACGUCUAAGUUUCAAUGGCGGGGCCAUCAUUUGCUAGAACCAGGAGGAGAGUCAGCGGGGCGGCCGGGCUGAUGUGGCCGCUGCUCGGUGCGUGUCUCUGGGCUGCGGUGGUCGGAUACAAGCCGGUGAUCAUCGUCCACGGAUUGUUCGACAGUUCAGACGAUUUUAAGAACUUACAGCGGUUCAUUAAUGAGUCUCAUCCCGGGACCAAUGUGACGGUCAUCGACCUUUUUGACAGAGGUGCCAGCCUGGAGUCCAUGUGGAAGCAGGUGGAGGGAUUCAAGGCAGCCAUUUACCCAAUAAUGCAAAACGCUGCAGAUGGAGUUCAUUUCAUCUGCUACUCUCAAGGUGGACUCGUUUGCAGAGGGAUCCUUUCCAUUCUGCCCGACCACAAUGUUCACUCAUUCAUCUCUCUGUCUGCGCCUCAGGCUGGGCAAUAUGGAGAUACAGACUACCUGAAGUAUCUCUUCCCCCAGUUUGUGAAGUCAAACCUCUACCACCUCUGUUACACAGCGUUCGGCCAGAGGGUUUCCAUCUGCAACUACUGGAACGACCCCCACCACAGAGACCUGUAUGUGAACACCAGCGACUACCUGGCUUUGAUUAACAGCGAGAGACCAAACCCAAAUUCAACAGAAUGGAAAGAGAACUUCCUGAAGAUCCAGAAGCUGGUUCUGAUUGGAGGCCCGGACGACGGCGUCAUCACCCCUUGGCAGUCCAGUCAGUUUGGAUUUUAUGACGACAACGAGACGGUCAUCGAGAUCCAGCACCAGGAUCUGUAUCUGAGAGACGUUUUUGGCCUGAAGUCGCUGGCGGCCCGCGGCGACCUGUUCUUCUGCACCGUUCCGGGCGUCAAGCACGUCUGGUGGCAUUCGAAUGAGACGGUGUUCCACACGUGCAUCGAGAAGUGGCUGGUGUAGCCACACACCCACACACACACACACACACAUAUCCUGCUGUUUAUUAAGCUCAUAUCAUCUUAAAAUCCAGGAAUCUCUGAUAACUGACCGUUUUGAAUCAGGUAUCAAACAGCGGUUGCAGGAUUUAUCUCUUCUUUCUCCAUAGGUUUUUGCUUUUGCAAAUGAGAAAUCUUUAUUUAUGAUCAUAUUUAAAGAAGUUGUAAAUGUAUUUGUUUGCUCUCCUGGUAAGGCUCCAGUGAUAAGAAGAGAACUUUCUUUUCAACUUUUUACUUCCCUUUAAAACAAAGUGCAAAAAAAAAAAAAAAAAACCCCCAAAUUUCUAAUUUUACAUGUAAAAUUCAAAAAUAUUUUUUUUCUGACAUUUAAUUUUUUUCUGUUGACUUCAAAAAGUUGUAAACCCACAGAAAGUGGGUCCAAAUUAAUGGUCAGAGCAGGGAUGAGCUGAAAAAUGAUCCAUAAUCGAAAGAGUUCAUCACUCUUCGGAGUAAACGCUGUUACCAAGUUAAGAAAACCCAAAAUUCACCUCUUUUGUUAAACCUGAAGGCAUUUUAAAGGUAACCAUUUUAUAAACUCUGUCAAGGCGUUUCUUCAGUUCUUUCAGACUGGAAGAGAGCGAGGUUUUAAGCAGGUAACAGAAAGGCUGAAUGCAGUUCAGGAAAGUUGUUUUGUUUUAUUAUUUAAAGUUUUUGCCAUAAAAAAAUGCUCGAUUUGCGAAAUAUUUUGAUUUUGUUCUAUUUUCCUGCAUUGGAAUCAGGUUUUAUUGGCAGUUUAAAAAUGUAUAGACCAGUCACAAUUUUGUAGCUAAUUACCAUUUUCUUAAGGUUUUUAUUGACUUCCUUCAGACUUCACAUGACUAAAAUGACUCAUUUUCAUACCUCCAGUGGCUUUGCAAGAGAGGAUGCUUAUAACAGUAGCUCCAUAAUAUUAAACUUUUAAGUGUUAACUUUGAAAUGUGUUGUCACAGAUGAACAAAACCCAUAAGUUUAUGUGCUAAAUUAGUUUAUUUUUUUAGUUAAAUCAUUUAAAGGGAUUUGAUGUCUCAGAAAAAUAGCAAGAUUGAGAUUUAUGAAAAAAGUAAACUAUGAAGUUUAAGUUCAUGCAUGGUUUUGAUGUGCAUUAUGAAAUUAUUGUUAUUUUGUCAUGAAAUGGGUCUCCCCUUGUAAAUCUAUAAGAUUUAUCCUAAAAUUCAGAACAACGUUGGAAAUUUAAGGGAUUAAAUUAAACUAAAUUGGACUAUAAAGGACUAUUCCAGCUAUGUAUCUGGUCAUUUCUACAAAUUAAACUCUGAAAUGACCAUUUUAGUUCAGAUAUUGUUAAAGAAUAUCAAAUAUAAUACGACAAUGGAGGUGUUUUUGAACCUGCACAAACAAACAGUUGCUGUAAAGAACAAAAAGCUCCAUUCCCUGCCUCCUGUUAAGUGUAAUUUAUGGAGUUAGAGAUAAAACCACUCAGCAGAUUCUGACUGAACUGUGGGAGGAAGUGACAAAUUCCCACCACAAGUUAUAAAUUUGUAUUUAUACAUCCUGUGCAGCCUGCCUUUAAAAGAUUAAGAGCUUUUAUGACCCUUACAGCUGAUGUUUGCACCUUUUUAGUAUGUGUUGACCCUUUGCUACUACGUCACUAAGAGGCGCCAUGACGGACGUCGAAAGUGACGACAGGAGUAUUGAACGGAGCGACUGAAGUUGUUUUCCAAAGUAGUUUUUGUCACUUUAUUCACGGUUUCUAAUUGUUCGGGUCAAUUUGUCUGUGAACAUAACUCACCUGGUUGGGGCUCAUGGACGGCGAUGUUUACAAAAGUUUGAAGCAGCUAGCUUAGAAACCGACUUGCACCUCAUUCCUCCUGUGGUGUUGAUCUAAUUACCGACUUUGCCUGAAUUCACACCCCAUGAUUUUUGUCGCUGUGUCGUAAUAUGCGGUUCCCCUUUAACCGGAGCAACAUCAAAAACGUACAAAAGACGAGAUGCUAACACGUUUUUUUCCCCGUACAUGCUAGGCUACAUGACGGUGCGGCAUUGUCUCCAUGGUUACCAAUUGUUAGACGCGUAACUUAUCCAUAAUGCGAUAUUUGAUGUGUGUAAUCAUACUUACGUAUAAAGUAAAUGAGCGUUAAUCUUCUUACCUUGUAAAAAAGUGUUCGCUGCAAAUCCGCGAUCACGCCAAGGGCUGUCAGUCAUCAUUAACAGCUGCUAGUCGUUAUGAUUGACGGCUGCGAUAUAUCGCCGCCAUCUUUCCUCAUUAAAAGUUAUGACAAGUUUGGUGCAGCGCCCUAUGACCAUUUUAAAAUGAAAUCAACUAAACAGAAGUAAUAUUAGGCUACAGAUGUCUGUUUUUAGACUAGCUUUACAGGAGCGCGUUGGUUGUUUUGACGUCCGUCAUGGCGGAGUGAGUGGCGUUCUGGAGAGCGUGACGUCACGUGUAAAGGGUCAACAGCCAUUUUGUUGUUGUGGACAGUAAUGUGCUAUAUUAGCUUAUCUCAACGACACCAUGAAAACCCGACCGUGCCUGAGCGACCUGCUGUCGUCCUGUACAGAUGAUUACUGUCCUGCUCAUCUAGUGCAGACAUUUAUGUCAUGUUUAACCAGAUUCAGACAUUUAUUAACCUUUUAUUAGCGUGCAUGAAAGAUCUGAUCACCAGUAUCAGUUUUUCCUCAGAUUCAUGCAGUACUCUAGACAUGUUCUCCUCCCGCUUUAGUGGAUUAAGCCUUAAAUGUUUUGUUUUGUUUUUUCCCUACAUGCCUCAGUGUUUCAUGUCCAAAGUGCUUUGACACACUGCCUUCAGUGACGGUGCUAAAAUAUAUAUAUAUAUAUAUUAAAAAAACCAUACUACAUUAUAUAGGUAAAGUAGUGCAAAGUGGCCAGUCAGGUAGUGAUGAGUUACUGAUCCACCAAAAGCUUACAGUUCUGGUCAGACAUCUACAAUCUUCUCCUCUUGGGAAUUCAAGUAUUCAAGUGUCGUUUAUCUGAAUAAGAUGCAAUGGAAACAACACAUAAAAAACCAAAACAAAUGGAUGCACAAGUUUAGGCAAGUUGGAGAUGAACUGACUUCAAGAAGCUUCUAAAAUAACUUCCUGUUGGCUAUUUGUCUGUUCUCUUUGGCAGAAUUGGUAGAAUCAAUUUAGACUGGUUUAUUUCCAGUAGGACUGGGCGAUAAAUUGAUUUUAUUGAUCUAAUUUUGUUCACCAUGCACUUCUUCAGAGUGAUGUCAGUGCGCCCAAGGUGGCCAUCUUAUUUGGCAAGCAUGUUUUCCAGCUUCUGUUUAUUUCUAUUUUGAAUUCAGAUCAACUCUACAACAAAAUGUUAGGCUCCAGCUAAGAAUUUAUAUUUUUAAUUACAAGAAUAAAGUCAUGUUGUUAAAAGAAUAAGUUAUAUGACAAUAAAGUUGAAAUAAUUGGAGAAUAAAGUCUUAAUAAUACCAGAAUAAAGCCACAAUAUUAAGAGAAUAAAAUGGCAAUAUUAUGAAAACUCUGACAUAAAAAAAUAAAAGUCAGACUUUUAAAUUUUGUAUGUAAGGCCUCAUCAAGUCAACAAAUUUAAAUGAACUCUGUGAAAAGAGUUAAAACAUGGAUGUUCAUCUUGCCAAAGGACAUUUAUUAAUCCAAUUUCUGGAGAUAUAUGUAUAUAUUUGACCCUUUAUAACUUUGAUCCUAUGUAAAUUGCAGAAAAUUCACAAUAAAUCCAAUCUUGUGCAUCUUUUUGUAACAAACAUUGAAGCUUUAACACCAAUCCACUGAGACAAAGUGGUUCAAGUAAACCAUUAGACCCUAAACUGAUGCAUUAAUGUCCAUGAAGAGUGAUUAGUGCAUAAAUGUCUGAUCACAACUGUAUAUGUGGCAUUUGUUACCCUCCAUCACAUUUAGAUGGCUCAGGCUUUUCACUGGUUUUCAUAUUUAGUAGAAAAGGGAUUAAUUUGUUUUUCCAAAACUGGUUACAUUUAUAUGUUUGUUGAUUCUGCAACAUGUUUUAUUUAUGUAUAUUUAUCAGAAGAAGGGAAACGGAAAUGUGUUUGUUAAUGUGUGGAGACAGGAAGUGAAUUAUCGAAACAUGGAGCGAGAAGGGAACUCGUAAACAAGGGUUGCUUUUAAAUGUUUUCAAGCUGCUUAAAUGUUUAGUUAUUGUUUGUGUUUUGUCAUUUAUUACAAGAAACCCAUAACUAAUGUGUACGAAGGGACGCCCUCUGUUUUCAGUUGUUCUGCUUUUACAACCAGUUACUGUAAAUAAGGAACCUUUUUAAAACUAGAAUGACUAUUUUGGAAGUUUCUACAGUGUUUGUCCUGCAAAUAAAAAUAAACUAAAAGCUGACAUUUUCUCAAUAAAUUUGUUUGAACAUA